AUGGCCUCGCGACUACGCAACCUCAGGAGGCCUCUUGGCCUCGCCGCCGCCACCACGGCUGCCGUCGUUGUCGGUGGAUCAGGCUACAUGUACGUCAACCGCAGGAGGCACCCGGUGUUGCCCCUGGCCGAGGUGAAGCGUGACGCCUCAGGCAAGAUCAUCGCCCCCAGCUUCCCCACCAUCAAGAGCCGGGUGGACCAGCUGGCCGAGCUCCGCCGCAGCAGCAGCUCCGCCGACUCGGAGGAGUACGACCUGCUCAUCGUCGGAGGCGGCGCCACAGGCACGGGUAUCGCCGUCGACGCCGUCACCCGCGGCCUCAAGGUGGCCAUGGUGGAGCGCGACGACUUCUCGUCGGGCACCAGCUCCAAGAGCACCAAGCUCGUCCACGGCGGCGUCCGCUACCUGGAGAAGGCCGUCCUGAACCUCGACUACGCUCAGCUCGAGCUCGUCAUCGAGGCCCUCCGUGAGCGCAGGACCCUGCUCGACAACGCUCCCCACCUGGCCUCCUCCCUCCCCAUCCUCCUCCCCCUCCAGAAGUGGUGGGAGGCCCCUUACAUGUGGGUCGGCACCAAGAUGUACGACCUCCUCGCCGGGUCGCAGGCCCUCGAGAGCUCCUACUACGUCGGCCGCAGCGACGCCCUGUCCAUGUUCCCUCGCCUUCGCAAGGACAACGUGGUCGGUGGCCUGGUCUACUACGACGGCCAGCAGAACGACUCGCGCAUGAACAUCUCGCUCGCUAUGACGGCCGCCGCCUACGGCGCCACCGUCGCCAACCACGUCGAGGUGACGUCUCUGGAAAAGGGCGCCGACGGUAAGAUCUGUGGCGCCAAGCUCCGCGACGUGCUCCCCGGCGCCGACGGCUCCGAGUUCACCGUCCGCGCCAAGGGUGUCAUCAACGCCACGGGCCCCUUCGCCGACGCCCUCCAGUACAUGGACAAGCCUGACCACAAGCCCAUCGUGGCCCCCGCGUCGGGCGUCCACCUCGUCCUCCCCGGCGACGUGUGCCCCAACGGCAUGGGCCUGCUCGAGGCCAGCUCCGACGGCCGCGUCGUCUUCGUGCUGCCCUGGCAGGGGAAGACCGUCGCCGGCACCACCGACACGGCUUGCGAGGUCGAGCGCGAGCCCCUCGCCACCGAGAAGGACGUCGACUUCAUCCUCGAAGAGGUCAACAAGCUCCUCAAGCCCGGCUCCAGCCUCGGUCGCGACGACGUCCUGGCCAGCUGGUCCGGCAUCCGCCCCCUUGUCCGUGACCCCAACGCCAAGAACACCGAGUCGCUGGUGCGCAACCAUCUGGUGACCGUCUCGCCCUCGGGCCUGCUCACCUGUGCCGGCGGCAAGUGGACCACGUACCGCCAGAUGGCGCAGGACGCCGUCGACGAGGCCAUCCGCACCUUUGACCUGAAGCCCAAGACCACCACGCUGGCCGACAUCUCUGGCGCCGGCCUCCCCGCCAUCACCACCGACGGCGCCUGCCGCACCCUCGAGACGCCCGUCGUCGGCGCCCACGGCUGGUCCCCCGCCUUGGCCUCGCAGCUCGCCGAGGCGCACGGCCUCCCCGCCGACGUGGCCCAGCACCUGGCCACGAACUACGGCGACCGCGCUUGGGCCGUGGCCGCGCUUCCCGGUGCCACCACCCGUCUCCUGGCCGACGAGCCCUUCGUCGAGGCCGAGCUUCGUCACGGCGUCCGCUCCGAGGCCGGCUGCACUACCUCGGACCUCAUCGCCCGCCGCACCCGCCUCGCCUUCCUCGACGUCAACAGCGCUGUCAAGGCCCUGCCCCGCGUCGUCGACGUCGCCGCCGAGGAGCUCGGCUGGUCCGCUGCCCGCAAGGACGAGGAGUGGUCCACCACCCUCAGCUUCAUGCGCAGCAUGGGUCUCUCCGCCGACAGGGUCGACCUCACCCGCGCCCAGGUCGAGGGUCUGUCCCCCCGCGUCGAGGAGGUCCACGACGACCACAAGCCCGAGGAGAGCUUCCUCCCCAUGCCCGUCCGCGGUCCUUCCCCCGUCCCGUCUGGAUCGGGUGGUGUCGUCACUCUUCCUGACCUUGGAAACACCACUGCCACCGCCAAGACUCGUCAUUAA